AUAUAUAUAUAGGUGUGCGAAAACUUUCAAGGUUGAGAACAUUUAAAACUAAUGAUCAUCAUUUUGUACAGCCAUAUAUAUGGGUGAAAAUAUUGAUCAAAAGACGAUGAAUAAUAUUAGUGGAGGAGAGAUAAAUAUUGAUGAAAACAUAUUAUCAGCUAAUUCCUCGGGUAGUGGUAAUAGUUCUUCGAUUGAUUUGAACGAAGAAGCUAGCAGCAUUAAUUUAAUUGAUGAACAAAAGAAAUUAGACGAGAAAUAUUCGGCAGAUAUUAAUCUCAUGAGAGAAGAAGAGAAGAUGGAGAUGAAGAAGAAGAAGAGUGCGGUUCGUAAUUAUGUUCGAUCGAAAAUGCCGAGGCUUAGGUGGACUCCGGAUCUCCAUCUCUCGUUCGUUCAUGCUAUCGAGAGACUCGGUGGUCAAGAAAGAGCCACUCCAAAAGCAGUGCUUCAAUUGAUGAAUGUGAGAGGACUUGGUAUCUCUCAUGUCAAAAGUCACCUACAGAUGUAUAGGAGUAAGAAACUCGACGAAUCUGGACGAGUAAUAAGGCAAGUGAAUAGGCACCAUUACAUUCAAGGGAGAAACUACCAGCUAUCUGCAACUACAUUCAACAAAUAUUGCAGCCCUAAUAUUCAUCAGUUGAAGUUGGAGAAUGGCGGCAUUGUUUUUGCAAGGAAUUCGAUUAAUACUCAGGCCGAUACCAAGAAUAUUCUUUUUCACCAAAACCCUAAAUCCGAUCGUAUUUCCUAUGAGAUCAAACCCCUAUCUUCCAGAUAUCAGAAUCAGUGGUCUUCAUAUAAUCAUCAUCGAACGAGCUCUCUCUCACAAAAUUUACGACAACAACCACGUUGGAAUGUUUCAAUUGACAGGGAUAAUCAUCGAUAUCAUCAACAGAACUCUAAGCCGCCAUUCGAUCUUGAUGAUCAUCCUUUGAGGCUUAUUAAUCAGAUGAAUGACGACGAGGAGAAGAAAACUACUACUAGUAAAGAACGAUUUAUUUCUGCGGAUUUGCAGCUGAGCCUGAGCCUCGGGUUAAGCAUUAAUAAGAACGAUCAAAAUGGUUGCAGUUAUAAUAAAGGCGGGAAGGAGUACUACAAAGAUAUUAACACAAAGCUUUCUCUUGCUUUAGCUACUCCCCAUUCAUCAUCAACUGCAAUAUGAUAUAUCCAUAUAUAUAUAUAUAUAUAUUAUAAUUUAAUUAAGUAUAUAUAUAUUUUCGGAGAAAAGGCCGAGUACUCGAAAUCUGACUGUGUAUAUAUGCUUGAUCAGAGCAUAUAUAGGAGUGAGAUCUUGCAAGUACUUGAUCUUUUAGCAAUAGAAAGACACUAUUAGAAUAUGCAUGCAUGCAUGCAUGAGCAGUUCUUGUUGUACUAUUAAUUUAUGUAUUAAUUACUUAUGUUGCCAAUAUUUUUGUAUUUCAUGGCAUAAAUAAAUAAAUAUAUAUAUACUCAAAGAUUAACAAGAAGCGUGUUUGCAUAUGUAAUCAAUAGGGUGCAAGUUGGAACGGAAUUUUCAAUUUCCGUCAGUUCUGAUUCGAAAAGUUCCGAUUUUGGAACAACUU